AGCUGAUCGGCGGCAGGACGGCAGGAGUGUGUGAGGAGUGUGUGAGGAGUGUGUGAGGGUGGAGAACAGCCUCCGGGUGGAGGCGGUGUUUCCCUCCAGAGUUCGGACGGCGCGCUUCAGGCUCCGGAGGACUGAAGCUGAGCUCUUCUGCCUCAGGAUCGUCCUCUUCCUCCCCUCUGCUCCGAUCCGAUGUACAGGAAUCCUUGGAUCUCCAACUACCUGACUCCUGUCAGGGUCUGCAGCCCAGGACUGGGGAGCGAGACGCCCGUGAAGCUGAACGGCCCUCGGCUGCAGAAGAGAGCGCCGAGCUUCUCCCAGGAGUUCUCCUACGACGGAAAAGACGAUCCGGUCAAAACCACCAAGGACAUCGAUGUUCCUCUGCUGGGCAGCCUGCCCCGGGUAUCUGAACUGAGGAAAAGAUUCGAAGGCAUUCCCUCCAGUGUGAGCGACUGUGAAAUGAACAGGAAGCAGCGGAUGGCGCGGCGCCUGGAGGGCAUCGACGGCGAGGUCCAGCCGUCGCUGCUGCCCAGCCUGGUGGCCAACCGGCUGCUGGAGGAGGACACCCCGCGCUACACCCGGGCCUCGGACCCCUGCGAGCCCUGCACCGUCACGGUGCAGCGGUUCGGAUCGGAGGGGAUUGAAAGCACCGCGAUGCUGCUGAAGGUUCCAGAGCGACCGUCCAGAUCUCCAGACAGACCCGACCCCCUCCUCCCCGUCGCCCUGGAGCCGGUCCCCCCCCCGGUCCCCCCCCCCCGGUCCCCGGAUUUGGAGUCCAAGGCGGAGCGCAUUGCGCGCUACAAGGCGGAGCGCCGCCGGCAGCUGGCCGAAAGCUACGGCAUCUCUCUGGACCCGGACCCUGUGCCGGACUCCUCCUCCCGGUACUGUCGCACCAGGAAGGCUUCGGACGACUCGGACGGACAGAAUGUGCCGGACUCCAGACCUGGCGCGCCGCCGCACGGCGGCGUCGACCAGGGCGGCGACUCGCUGUCGGAGCGGGAGCGGCUGAUGAACCUGGAGAACCGGCGCCGGGCCGCCGCCCCCGAGCCACCGUCCUCCUCCUACAUGGACGUGACCUCAACGUCUUCCUCCACCGUGGCGCCCGCCAAAGACGGCGCCAUCCCGGGGAUGCCGCCCGGCUCGCCCAAGCCGGGCCGGCACCAGUCACCGGGCUCGCCGAGACCCGGGGCGCCUCCUGGAGACCUGGUCCUGGAGCAGCAGGUCCACGGCGGCCUCAGCAGACCGGGCGCCGGCGCCGGAGCGAGCAGCGGCUGGUUCCUCCAGACUGACGCUGAGGGCGACGCCCACACCCCCAUCAACUGGCCCUCCAGAGUCCGGGUCAGAGAGCGUCUGGCCCAGCAGGGCCGCCAGAGGAGCCCAGAACCCGGAACCGCCUCAGAACCUCCCGGGUUCCGCCGGCAGCUCCAGCAGCAGCAGCGCCACCCGUCUCCGCCGGGCUCCCGGCAGGCCCCCGCCCAGCCUCACCGUCCGGGCGGUCCGCCGGGGGGGCGGGAGGGCGGCGGGGGCCCCAGCUACCUGUCCAUGACCUCCGGUCCCACGUCCAGGUCCGGACAGCAGCAGGAGGUCCAGGACGAGGAGCAGGAGGAGGAGGCGGAGCCCAGCGGCGUGACGGAGGGCCUGCUGAGGAGCAGGAAGGCCGUCCUGCCCUCUGAGGUCCGGCGCAGGGAGAGGAGCACCGAGGACCCCCGCCGGGGGACGGGGGAGGACGAGCCGGGGACGUCCAGGUGUCCCAGCCUCAGCCGGUCCAGGGAGGCGGAGCCCCAGGAUCCCAGAAGAGGAGGUCCCAGAUCCAGGACCAGGUGGGAGGAGGCAGAGGGCAACCCCAGGGACCAGGAGCGUCUUCUCUACGUCCACAAAGGACCUGCCGCGGUCCACAUCCAGCGCCGGGCGCCGCCUGGGGGGGGCGCAGUCUCCAGCACGGCUCCAACCGCCACCGAUUCCCGAGUGCCAGACCAGUGCAGCCCACGAUGCACCAGGGCGGCGGGGAUGGGUACCGGGGACGCCCUGCAGGAGGACGCCCGGCAGGACGCCCGGCAGGACGCCAGUCAGGACGGCCGGAGGGACGGCCGGCAGGACGGCCGGAGGGACGGCCGGCAGGACGCCAGGCAGGACGCCAGGCAGGACGCCCAGCAGGACGCCAGUCAGGACGGCCGGAGGGACGGCCGGCAGGACGCCCGGAGGGACGGCCGGCAGGACGCCAGUCAGGAUGCCAGGCAGGAUGCCAGGCAGGACGCCAGGCAGGACGCCAGGCAGGACGCCAGGCAGGACGCCAGGCAGGACGCCAGGCAGGACGCCCGGCAGGACGCCAGGCAGGACGCCCGGCAGGACGCCCGGCAGGACGGCCGGCAGGACGCCCAGAGGGACGCCCGGCCGUCGGUGGCCCGGCUCAGACACUCCUACAUGGAGAGCUCCACCACGCCUCCGGCCAGCCGCCGCAGCGACCCGUCCUGUUGGAGCUCGGACUUGGCGUCCACUGAAGCAGAUGAAGAGACGCUGGAUGAACGAGCUCGACUGAGCGUGGCGGCGAAGCGGUCCCUGUUCAGGGAACUGGAGCGCAGCAGCAAUGGCGGAGCUCCCAAACCCCGGUCCAGGAACGCGGCGGUGGACCGGAGACUGAGGCGGACCCAGGACCGGUCCAGGACUCAGCCCGUCACCACCGAGGAGGUGGUCAUCGCCGCCACCGCUCCCUCUCGCGUCCCCCAGCCGGUGUGUGUUCUCACCGCUGUGGCUCGUGCGCUCAGCCCCGCUCUAGUUUGCAGCACUGCCCCAUCAUGCAGUCUGCAGGCGUCAUCGCAGCGGCGGCCGGCGGACGCCCGGGAGGCGCCAGACAUGGAGGCGCCGGCCGACGGCGCCGGCCGGGAGGAGCCCGACCUCUGCGCCCUCAGCCUGGCGGAGAAGAUGGCGCUCUUCAACCGCCUGGCCCAGCCCCCCUCCAGGGUCACCCGCACCCGGGCCGACGCCCGCCGGCGCCGGAGCGACGCCCGCUACCAGACGCAGCCCGUCACCCUGGGAGACCUGGAGCAGGAGCCGUCAGACUCGGACCAGCAGGACUUGUGCUUCAGCCCCGAAAGACACCGACAACUCCAGAGCGGUGCAGCCUCUCAGGCGGGGCAGGAGGGUGGAGGUGGGGGCGGGGCAGGAGGAGGUGGGGGCGGAGACACCGUCUCCUCCGCCCACGCCGGAGACAUCCUCCUCCCCCGGGCGUCCGGCCCCACCUGGAGGUCCCUGGACCCGGCGGCCCGCCGCGGAGGGAGGCCCGCCUCCCCGGAGGCGGAGCCUGCGACUGACCUGGAGAGGGGGAGGAGCCGGGAGGAGGAGGGGGAGGAGCAAGAGGAGGAGCGGCGCAGCAGAGCGGAGCAGAAGGGGCAUCCGGAGGACCAGGUCCUGAAGACCGGCAGCUGCACCGGGGAGCUGCAGGACUUGGCGUGCGGUUCGUCCUGGACGGCGUGCGGCGCUCCGCAGGCCGACGCCCCCCUCCUGCUGCAGCCGGCGGACGAGCGGAGCGUCGCCAUGGCGACCAGACACAUGUCCAUCAGGGAGAGAGUGGCGCUGCUGAAGAGGAGCGGCGAGGAGGACUGGAGGAACCGGAUCAACAGGAAGCAGGAAGUGGCCACGGAGGCCGGCGGCGAGCAGAACGGCACGGCGCUCUGGGAGGCGGAGCCAAGCUUCAGGACGACGGAGCCAGUCUUUGCUGCCACUCUCUCUCCUCCUCCUGACCCUCUCUUCCUCACUGCUUCCCCCGAUGACCUGGACGGACAGGCCAGCAGAUCUCCCAGAGCCCUGCAGGUGGAUGAGAAACACCCCUGGAGACGGAAGAGGAUCCUGGACCCGGACGUGGACCAUCAGAGCGUCGAGGCCCACAUGUCCAUCCAGGAGAGGAAGAAGCUGAUCGUCGCCCGGGAGGAGGCCUGGAAGGUCAAAGGUCACGGAGCGGCCAACGACUCCACCCAGUUCACCGUGGCCGCACGCAUGGUGAAGAAAGGUCUGGCUGCUCCCGCCGCUCUUCAGGCUCCGGUCCAGCUGAAGGCGAAGUCCGGCCUCCACCCUGCCGUCUGCAGGCCGCAGGAAGAGAUCAAGGCUGUGCCGGACCUGAACCUGGAGUCAGAUGGAAAACUGGAUAAACUGGAGUCAUUCCUGGGAAAACUCAACAGUAAAGUGUGUUCGCUGCCGGACGCCACCGUCACCGUGACGGAGGAGAAGGUGAAGGAGGUGAUGAUCCUCGAAGACGAAACCUUCUCCAAGUUCUACCGCCACGUGGAGGACCCGCCCUCCGUCACCGGCGCCGUGGAGAUCCCCGACGACUUCGACGCCAUCUUCGGCCCCCAGGCGCCAAAGCUGACCUCCGACGUGGUGCGGCACCGACGGGCGGUGCGCCCAGCGAGGAACGUCCCGGCGUCCAGGAACCCGCUGAGGAUGCUGGCCGCCCGGAACGACAUCCGGCACGAGUACACCGAGCAGCGGCUGAACGUGGGACUGCUGGAGAGCCGGCGCAUGAAGAGCCACAAGGUGAAUAAGAACUCUUGUUUCUCCGAUGCGGCCUUGGCCGGUCUGGCCAGCAAGGAGAACUUCAGCAGUGUCAACCUGCGCAGCGUCAACGUCUCGGAGCAGGUGUCCAACAACAGCGCCGUGCCGUACAAGAAGCUCAUGCUGCUGCAGGUCAAAGGCCGGCGACACGUCCAGACCCGGCUGGUGGAGCCCAGAGCCUCGUCGCUGAACAGCGGCGACUGCUUCCUGCUGCUGACGCCGCAGCACUGCUUCCUGUGGAGCGGCGAGUUCGCAAAUGUCAUCGAGAAGAGCAAGGCAUCAGAGUUGGCGAAUUUCAUCCAGAGCAAGCGGGAUCUGGGUUGUCGGGCCGACUCCGUGCAGGUGCUGGAGGAGAACCUGGACACUCAGGGCCCCGUGGCCCAAGAGUUCUGGCAGGUCCUGGGGGGCCAGUCCAGCUACCAGGCCGCAGGCAGCCCGGAGGAGGACGAGCUGUACGAAGGCGCCAUCGUGGAGACCAACUGCGUCUACCGGCUGACGGAGGACAAGCUGGUCCCGGACGACGACUUCUGGGCCAAGAUGCCGCGCUGCUCCCUGCUGCGCCCCACGGAGGUCCUGGUGUUCGACUUCGGCAGCGAGAUGUACGUCUGGCACGGGAAGGAGGUGACGCUGGCGCAGAGGAAGGUGGCCUUCCAGCUCGCCAAGCACCUCUGGAACGGCACCUUCGACUACACCAACUGCGACAUCAACCCGCUGGACCCCGGGGAGUGCAACCCCGUCAUCCCCAAGAAAGGUCAAGGCCGGCCGGACUGGGCCGUGUUCGGCAGACUGACUCAGCACAACGAGACCACGCUGUUCAAGGAGAAGUUCCAGGACUGGACGGACUCCAGGAGGACCCCCAGCCCCACCAGGGCCGCCGGCGCCACCCCGGCGGACCACAAGGAGCAGCCGCAGACGUGCAACGCCGCCCUGAUGCUGGCGCCGCGCCAGGCGCCGGUCUGCACCGUCCUGGAUGGGCUCAGCGUGGGGCGGGGCUACGGCCGGGUGGAGGCCGACGACUGGCGCAGCUACCAGGUGGACACGCUGGCGGUGGAGGUCUGGCACAUCCUGGAGUUCGACUACAGCCGCCUGCCGCGCCAGAGCAUCGGCCAGUUCCACGAGGGCGACGCCUACGUGGUGAAGUGGAAGUACAUGGUCAGCACGGCAGUGGGGAGGAGGCAGAACCCCGAGACCCGGACCGCCGGACCCGGCAAGGAGAAGUGCUGCUACUUCUUCUGGCAGGGCCGCAACUCCACCGUCAGCGAGAAGGGCACGUCGGCGCUCAUGACGGUGGAGCUGGACGAGGAGCGCGGGGCGCAGGUCCAGGUCCUGCAGGGGAAGGAGCCGCCGUGCUUCCUGCAGUGCUUCGGAGGAGGGAUGGUCGUCCACUCCGGGAGGAGAGAGGAAGAGGAGGAGAACGCUCAGAGUGACUGGCGGCUGUACUGUGUGCGCGGCGAGCUGCAGAGGGAGGGCCACCUGCUGGAGGUGGCCUGUCACUGCAGCAGCCUGCGCUCCCGGGCCUCCAUGCUGCUGCUGAGCGUCAGCCAGGCGCUCAUCCACCUGUGGCACGGCUGCAAGUCCCAGACGCACGCGCAGGAAGUGGCGCGCACGGCGGCCAAUCACAUCAAAGAGCACUGUCCUCUGGAGGCCGGCCUCCACAGCAGCAGCAAGGUCACCAUCCGGGAGUGCAGCGAGGGCACCGAGCCCAGUGCAUUCUGGGAAGCUCUCGGGAGGAGGGACAGGAAGGCGUACGACUGCAUGCUGCAAGAUCCGGGCCGGUUUAACUUCACGCCCCGCCUGUUCCAGCUGAGCAGCGCCUCGGGGGCGUUCGCCGCCGCGGAGCUCCUCUACCCGGCCCGAGACCCCCAGCGGGUCAACGCCAUGCCCUUCCUGCAGGAGGACCUGUACGGCGCCACCCAGCCAGGCCUGUUCCUGGUGGACAACCACCACGAGGUGUACCUGUGGCAGGGCUGGUGGCCCGGGGACGGCCGCAGCGCCGGCUCGGCCCGGAUGCGCUGGGACUCGGACAGGAAGUGCGCCAUGGAGACGGUGCUGCAGUACUGCAGAGAGAAGAACGAGAAGAAGCCCCCCAGAGCGUACCUGGUCCACGCCGGCCUGGAGCCGCUCACCUUCACCAACAUGUUCCCCUGCUGGGAGCACCGCGAGGACGUGGCCCGGAUCACCGAGCGGGAGGCGGAGGUGUGUCAGCAGAUCAUCCUGGUCCAGGAGGUUCUGGCCCGGCUCUGCCAGGACUCCUUCCCCCCGGCGGCGCUGCUGGCCCGGCCGCUGCCCGACGGCGUGGACCCGCUCCGGCUGGAGCGCUACCUGACCGACCAGGACUUCCAGGCAGCAGGGGCUGAUGGGAAGAGCGUCCUGGACAUGAGCAGGGAGGAGUUCUCCGUCCUGCCGGCCUGGAAGCAGGUGGAGGUGAAGAAAGCCAGAGGCCUGUUCUGAGCAGCGGGCGGCGCU